AUAAUUGAAGAAUCAACUUCGCCGGAUGGGGUCUGACGCGGGAACGGGAAGGUGAAUCAUGAAUUCGUGAUCAUGAACACUGGCACACGACCUGCUGUCCAGAAAACCCAGAGGCUAGAAAAGUUAGAGGAGGGCAUCGGAUGAUUGGGAUGGCCAAGUUGGCGACGAUUUCCAUUAACUCAUGGUUAUGGAUAAAUGAACGCCGGAAAUUCUAUAUAUGCACGACAUUUUCCGUCAAAAUUCCACACCAACAACGUCAUCUACGAAAGUCAGAGAAUUUCCCCUGACCACAACCACCAAAAUUCCUGGAAAUCCUUCGAAGCAAUCAAAUCAUGGAGUGGCUGACCAAUCGAUGGGUGGCCGCUGCUGCUAGCAUCUGGAUCCAGUGGAGCUGUGGUGCCUCCUAUACCUUCAGCAUCUACUCUCCUGUUCUCAAAUCCACUCAGGGCUACGAUCAAUCCACACUCGACACCGUCUCUGUCUUCAAAGAUAUUGGCGCCAACUUUGGCAUCCUCUCCGGCUUGCUCUUCUCCGCCGUCACACCCUACGGUCCUCCCUCUCGAGCUUCCCCUUCGAAAUCCAAACGGCAAUCUUUUGGGGGUCCGUGGGUGGUGCAUGCUGUCGGUGCCGUUCAGUGCUUUGCCGGUUUCAUCUUCCUCUGGGCGGCGGUUGUCGGUUUGAUCGGUCGGCCACCCGUGGCUGUUAUGUGCUUCUUCGCUUGGCUAGGCUCUAAUGGCCAGACUUUCUUGAACACGACGAAUGUGGUCACCGGCUUGCGCAAUUUCCCCGAGUAUAGCGGCACCAUCGUCGGCAUCAUGAAGGGAUUUCUCGGACUUAGCGGAGCAAUCCUGAUCCAACUGUAUCACACUUUUUGUGAUGGCGACCCAACGGCCUACCUUCUGAUGCUAGCUUGCCUACCUACAUUCAUCUGCCUAUCGCUAAUGUUUUUAGUCAGAAUAUAUGAAGCGCACGAUGUUGAUUACAAGAGGCAAAUGAACGGCUUCUCUGUCGUCACCUUGGCUAUUGUUGCUUAUCUCAUGUUUAUUAUAGUUUUACAAAACAUCCUGUUCUUUCCAUCUUGGGCACGUAUUUUCACAUUUGCAAUCCUCAUGGUUCUAUUAGCAUCACCCUUUGGAAUUGCUGCCAAAGCUCAUUGGGAGGACUCGUGGAGAUUUGUCCAAACCUGCUCACUUGAGAGGGGUCCUCCUUUAACAAACAACCCUAAGUUAAUUACAUCCUCCAGUUAUUUGCCAGCAGGGGAUAAUAUGGAAUAUCAGGAGCUGCCUAGUGAUGAUAGGCAGUUACAGUCAACUUCAGGUGAUGUGCUACCUGAUGAAGAAGAAAAGAACCUCUUGAGUGCCAUGUGUACUGUUGAAUUUUGGAUGUUGUUUAUAACUAUGAUAUCUGGGUUGGGCUCUGGGCUGGCAACGAUAAAUAACAUGAGCCAGAUAGGGCAAUCUCUUGGCUACAGUAUUGUAGAGAUCAACAAUUUGGUGUCUUUAUGGAGCAUGUGGAACUUUCUUGGCCGUUUUGGAGGAGGCUAUGUGUCGGAUUACAUGAUGCACAAAAAAGGUUGGCCAAGGCCCUUGUUAAUGGUUGCAACUCUGGGAGUUAUGAUUCUUGGUCAUUUAAUCAUUGCUUCUGGGUUCCGAGGAAAUCUGUAUUUGGGUCCAGUCCUUGUGGGCAUCUGUUAUGGUGCAAAUUGGUCAUUGAUGCCCACAAUCACCUCUGAGAUAUUUGGUGUUAAGCACAUGGGUACCAUUUUUAAUACCAUUGCUGCAGCAAGUCCUCUUGGAUCUUAUAUACUCUCAGUGGGGGUUGUUGGAUAUAUUUAUGACAAGCAGGCCAAUAAGGAAGAUAACUCAUGCUUUGGCAUCCACUGUUUCAUGUCAUCUUUUCUGAUCCUGGCAGGUGUGACUUUUAUUACCUUUUUGGUUGGUCUGGCUCUGUACUUACGGACUCGAAGAUUCUAUGAGCUAGUUGUCCUCAGAAGAUUACGACGUUCUUCAAAAUAAGUAAGAAUAUAUUUGCCAGCGUUUGAGCACCAGGUGAUGGCUGAGGAGAUCACUCCUGUUUCUUUGUUCAAUGCAGAAAUGUAUUGCAUAUUCUAGAGGCUUGUCUGCUAGGCUGAAAUGAGAAAUGUUGUGCUCUAUGUAUUACAGUUGUGACGUUAUCAAAAUAAAAGAAGCCAAACCGUUUGUUUGUCA